AUGUCGUCAGCCUACGAGUAUGAGAGGUUCUCUCGUUCUCAAAUUGUUGCUUAUCUCAAGCAGGGUGAGAUCGCUAGCGUUAAAGAAGAAGAUCUCAAAAACCCAACUUUCGACUUCGUCUCCGAGCUUUACACCAGAAUUCUCAUCUACCUCGACGCUCUCGACGAAGAAGAGAAAGAGCAAGUUGAUUAUGAAGCUUUGGAGCACUUUGAAAAUCCAGAACAUCAUGCCACCUCAAUGCAAUCUAUGAAACUUUAUUACAAAGUGAAAGAUAUGUUACAUAUGCUUCAUUGUCCAUUAAAGAUUACUUACAAGGAUCUGUUACGCCCGGAAUCAUCCCGAACCGAGUGUUUCUUCAGCUCACUUUUGACUUAUGGUCUAUACAAUUACCUUGAUCAAGUUGGUGAAGAAAAUGACGUGUAUUUCUCACUACAGAUUUCCAAUGCAGAGGUUGACCUUGUGCAAACUGUUCAAGAAAAUGCAAACCUCCGCUCGCAAAUUGUUCAAUCCCCAGACAAAUUGCAGGGAGCUUUAGAAGAGAAGAAACUAGUACUUGGGGAAACAAAGAAAGCUGAACAAGUAGCAAUUGGAUCUUUCCAGGAAAAGGCUGCCAUUCUUGAGGUUUAUGAAAAGUUUGGUGUUUAUUGCUCUAUCACUUUUGUUCAUACUUCACGAAAUUCUGUUCAGGAGCUUUAG